UGGAGGAAUAAAAGAGACUGAAAGGAUCAGUUCCUCAGCCUCUUGCUGCACAGCUCAUCAGGACCUCAGCCAUGAGACUUCUCAUCCUGGCCUUCCUCGGGAUCUGCUGUCUCGCUGCAUACACUGUGGAAGGUGUGGGGAGUGAAGUUCUAGAAAAGACCAUCUGUGUGAGUCUGACUACCCAGCAACUGCCAAUUAAAAAAAUCAAGACCUACACCAUCAAGGAGGGCCCCAUGAAAGCAGUGAUAUUUAUUACCAGACGUGGCCUUAAAGUCUGUGCUGAUCCACAAGUUGAAUGGGUGAAGAAAGCAGUCCGAACAAUAAAGUCCACCAGGAGAAAUGUGAGCCAGACCAAUCCUACAGGAGCCCAACAGUCCAGCAGUACAGCUGUGACCCUGAGUGGGUAG